AUGCGCAGACCAAUGAGGGUGUACAGUACAACUCACAUUAGCGCACAAUCGCCACGUGUAACGUCGCUAAUAGACGGUGACGUGUCCACUUUCUCCUGUCUUGGCUCGAGAUCCGGGCCAAGAGCAGUGGAAGAAGAGAAAUCUGUUCGAGAGGUCUAUCGCAUUUGCUGUGGAAUCGAAUCUAUCUUCUCUGAUUUGCGACUGGGAAUGGCGUCGCCACGUGAGGGGUUUUUGACUGAUGAACAGAGGGAAGUGUUGAAAACAGCAACUCAGAACACGGAGAUUUUGUCAUCGUCGCCGAAAUCGCCGUCAUGGUUGAUGUCUGAACAUCAGAUUAAAGCUCCGGCUGGGGAAAGGGCGCCAAACGUUGGGAUUGCUGUCAGACAUGUGCGUCGCUCGCAUUCGGGAAAGUUCGUUAGGGUUAAGAAAGAUGGUGGUGGUGGCAAGGGUACAUGGGGGAAACUACUUGACACUGAUGGUGAUGCUCAUAUAGAUCGCAACGACCCUAAUUACGAUAGUGGCGAGGAGCCAUACCAACUUGUUGGAUCAUCUGUCUCUGAUCCUUUAGAUGAAUACAAGAAGAAGGUAGCAUCCAUCAUUAACGAAUACUUCACCACUGGUGAUGUGGAUCUAGCAGCUUCUGAACUUAGGGAACUCGGGUCAUCUGAAUACCAUUCCUACUUCAUCAAACGACUCGUAUCCAUGGCCAUGGACAGACACGACAAAGAGAAAGAAAUGACUUCUGUUCUUCUUUCAGCUCUUUAUUCAGACGUCAUCAGCUCCACACAAAUCAAGCAAGGUUUUUUCAUGCUUCUUGAAUCUGCUGAUGACCUGGCAGUCGACAUACUCGAUGCAGUUGAAAUCCUUGCUUUAUUCAUCGCACGUGCUGUAGUCGACGACAUCCUCCCUCCAGCAUUUGUCACAAGGGCAAAAAAGUCAUUACCCGAGUCGUCAAAAGGGUUUCAAGUUCUUCAAACAGCUGAAAAGAGCUACCUCUCGGCCCCACAUCAUGCUGAGUUGGUCGAACGUAGGUGGGGUGGUAGCACUCACGUAACUGUUGAAGAAGUCAAAAAAAGAAUUUCUGAUCUUUUAAAAGAAUACGCAGAAAAUGGCGACACUUCAGAAGCAUGUAGGUGCAUUCGACAGCUGGGUGUCGCGUUCUUUCAUCAUGAAGUUGUGAAACGCGCGUUGGUUUUAGCCAUGGAGAUGCGCGCAGCAGAUCAGCUCAUUUUGAAGCUGUUAAAGGAGGCAUCGGAGGAGGGCCUGAUAAGUUCUAGUCAAAUGGUCAAAGGUUUCGCGCGUUUACGCGAGAGCCUCGAUGACCUGGCGCUCGACAUCCCAUCUGCAAAAUCGUUGUUUGACUCGCUGGUUGACCGUGCGGUUGCCGACAGCUGGCUCGAUGCAUCGUUUGUGAACUCGGGUGAUGUGGCGAUGACGGAGCGUGAUGACAUUUUGAAACUGAGACGUUACAAAGAAGAAAUCGUUACGAUAAUACAUGAGUAUUUUCUCUCAGACGACAUUCCAGAACUUAUCAGGAGUCUUGAAGAUUUGGGUUUACCUGAAUAUAAUCCGGUGUUUUUAAAGAAGUUGAUAACUUUAGCCAUGGAUAGGAAGAAUCGUGAGAAGGAAAUGGCUUCUGUUUUGCUGUCAGCUCUUCACAUAGAAAUCUUUUCAACUCAAGAUAUAGUUGACGGUUUUGUCCUUCUUCUGGAAUCCGCUGAAGACACGGCUCUAGACAUCCUGGAUGCUUCUAACGAGCUGGCGCUGUUUCUUGCACGAGCUGUCAUUGAUGAUGUGUUGGCCCCACUGAACCUGGAGGAGAUUGGUGCCAGGUUGGCGCCGAAUGGGAGCGGGAGUGAAACGGUCCACGUGGCGCAGUCGUUGAUAGGGGCGCGACAUGCUGGGGAACGGUUGCUGAGGUGUUGGGGAGGUGGGACGGGGUGGGCGGUGGAGGAUGCAAAGGACAAGAUUGUAAAAUUGCUGGAGGAGUAUGAGAGUGGGGGUGUUGUUGGGGAGGCGUGUCAGUGUAUUCGUGACCUUGGGAUGCCAUUUUUUAACCAUGAGGUGGUGAAGAAGGCUUUGGUGAUGGCGAUGGAGAAGAAGAAUGACAGGAUGUUGGAUUUGUUGCAGGAGUGUUAUAGUGAAGGGCUGAUUACUACUAACCAGAUGACCAAAGGGUUUGGGAGGAUGAAAGAUGGGUUGGAUGAUCUGGCGCUUGAUAUACCCAAUGCUGAUGCCAAGUUCAAGGCCUACUAUGAGCAUGCUUUGGUUAGGGGAUGGCUGAUUCCCGUGCUUAGUGCUGCUAAUGGCGAUGAUGUUGUUGCUUAAGAAGAUUUAUGUGGAUGUGGAUGUGGAUGAUGAGUUGUACGUUUACACACACAGCACGAUGUGACAUGUUUUCAUUAUUUGUUGGGGGUGUGAUGUAUAAAAAAUGGUUGUUUUUCGAAAACCUUAGU